AUGGACGUUCUCGCCUUAUCCUCUUCCGCUUCCGCCGCCGCUUCUUUCGCCGGGAACUUCCAGUUGCCUCCGUGUAAGGUCAUAGUGAGAAGAAGCCAGGAUACUUUAUCAGCUAGACAGAAUAAGUUUAUAGUUUCCGCUUCGAAAAGGGAAGAGCCCAAGCUCAACGAAUGGGAUCAAAUGGAGCUCAAUUUCGGCCGUUUACUCGGCGAAGACCCGAAAUUGACUUUGGCUAAGAUAGUGGCUAGAAAAGUGAAUCCAGAUGCUUCGUUCGUCGAAGUUGAGAAGUCAUUCUACAAGAACAAGGGUAAAAUGCCAGACAUUGAAUCGAUUCCGUUGGAUUGGUCAAAGGAAGAUAAGAAGAAGAAAUCUGGUUCACUGGACGGCUUGAAUUUAGUAAAGCCAGUUCCGAGAAACGGAGUCAAAUUCGAAACUUCGGAUAAGCCAGUGAUGAAAAGGCCAAACCCUGCUCUGAAGAAGCCGUUGGAGGCUGCUCAAGUUGCUGCUCCUCCGAAAAGGACAUUGCCUAAUGUUAUACUGAGAAAGCCGAGCUCGUACUAUGUGAACAACGACGACGAUGAUGAGUCUAAGCUGCGGUUGAAACGUAAUCUGACUCUGAAAAUGAGGAAUGAGAGGGAAAACGAGAGGUUUAGUGACAUGACACUGUUGAGAAAACCGGAACCAGUGAAGGUAGAUGCAGAAGAGGAGAAUUCUGGAGAUAAGCUUCUCAAUGAUGGAUUAACUAUGGAGGAAGAAGAUGGAGUAUAUUCAGAGUAUACACUUUUGGAGAAGCCAGUAGUUAAGCCCGAGCCUGAGAACGUAGAAGAGGAAGCUGUGGAAUUGCCAGAGAUAGAAAGUACAUCAGUUCCUACUGAAAUGCAGCUUAGUAGCGAGGUGUCGUCUUUAGAAUCCUCUGAGGAGGAAACAUUUAACAGUGAUCCGGUGGAGAGCAUUCCUUUGACUCCAGUUUCUCAGACCGUCGUUGAAGCCUCUUUACAAGGGAAACCACAAAGAUUAGAUCCGUCUUCUACAGAGCCAAACAGAGGACAGCCAUUGAUCGUGAACCAUGAAGGUCGUCAGGUCUCUGUUGAGCUCAAAGGCCCUCCUGCUAGAUCUUCCUUGGAGGAAAGUGACUGGUAUAAGGCAGAGUCUCUUGUAAAGACAGAACUACGAGCGGAUGUGGAGCUAAUAAGCUCGAGCACUAGAGGAUUUGCUGUUUCAUUUGGAUCUUUGAUUGGCUUUUUGCCCUACCGGAACCUUGCAGCAAAAUGGAAAUUUCUCGCGUUUGAAUCAUGGUUGAGAAGAAAAGGUGUGGAUCCAUCGUUGUACCGACAAAACCUUGGAGUAAUUGGAGGCCAAGAUGUCACGAGUAAAGCUCCAUCUCCAGAUUCAAGCUUAGUAGAUUCUGAAGUUGGCAACACAGUCAAUGGAGAAGUUUCUUCUGAUAUGAAGCUGGAAGAUCUUCUUAUGGUGUAUGACAGAGAGAAGCAGAAGUUCCUGUCGUCUUACGUUGGCCAGAAAAUCAAAGUGAAUGUGGUUAUGGCUAAUAGACACUCAAGGAAGCUGAUAUUUUCAAUGAGGCCGAGGGAAAACGAAGAAGAAGUUGAGAAAAAACGAAACCUUAUGGCUAAGCUUCGCGUUGGGGAUGUUGUGAAAUGCUGCAUCAAGAAAAUUACCUAUUUUGGUAUUUUCUGUGAGCUAGAAGGUGUCCCUGCAUUGAUUCACCAAUCAGAAGUUUCAUGGGAUGCAACUUUAGAUCCUGCUUCAUAUUUCAAGAUCGGUCAGACUGUGGAGGCUAAAGUGCACCAGCUGGAUUUUGCUCUUGAACGUAUCUUCUUGUCGCUAAAAGAAAUCACGCCUGAUCCUCUAACCGAAGCCUUAGAAUCUGUAGUUGGUGAUAAUGAUCAGUUGGGAAAGUUACAAGCAGCAGAGCUCGACGCUGAGUGGCCUGAUGUGGAAUCUUUGAUCAAAGAGCUGGAAAUGGUUGAAGGAAUCCAGUCAGUUUCAAAAAGUCGUUUCUUCUUGAGCCCGGGUCUUGCUCCAACGUUUCAGGUUUAUAUGGCGCCAAUGUUUGAGAACCAAUACAAACUGCUUGCUCGAGCUGGAAACAGAGUGCAAGAGCUGAUUGUUGAAGCAUCACUGAGCAAAGAAGAGAUGAAAUCUACAAUCAUGUCUUGCACCAACAGAGUAGAAUGA